CUGACCGUGCAGUGUCGUUAUGAGCCAGGCUGGGAAACCCACAAGAAGUGGUGGUGUCGAGGUGCUCAUUGUCGCAGCUGCAGGAUCCUUGUCAUGACCACUGGAUCGGAGCAGGAGGUGAAGAAGGACCGUAUGUCCAUCAGGGACAGUCACAAAAACCACACGUUCACGGUGACCAUGGAGGAGCUCAGGAGAGAUGACGCUGACACUUACUGGUGUGGGAUGGAGAGAACCGGAAUUGACCCUGGGGUCCCAGUUGAGGUGACCAUUGACCCAGCACUGGUCACCCUGGAAAAGACUGCCAGCUCCCCGAUGGUGACCAGCUAUCAGUCUGGUAACAGGCCCGGCAUCAUGAAGCUCAGCGUCCUCCUUCCCCUCAUCUUUGCCAUAUUGCUGCUUCUCUUGGUGGCCGUCUCGCUCCUGGCUUGGAGGAUGGUGAAACGCAGGAAGAACGCAUCUGGGUUACCUCCAGAGCAGGUGUCACAGCCCCUGGAGGAUGAACUCUGCUAUGCAAACCUGACCCUGCAGAGGACAGGAACCUCCCGCAGCUCCUCGCGGAAAAAGGCCUGCACAGAGCCCUCCUCCUCUGCCCAGGAGGAAGUGGAAUAUGUCACCAUGGCCCCCUUUCCGAGGGAGGAAGUUUCCUACGCAUCUCUGACUCUGGGCGACUUGGAUCAGGAGGCGACCUACAGCAACACCGGCCAGCUCACCACCCACAUCCCCGGCGCGAGCCACGAGGACCCCACGGAGUACAGCACCCUCAGGAGUCCUUAGCGCGGGGCCCCGUGAGGCCCGUGAGCCGUGUCCUGCCUCAUCUGCCUUCUGUCCCCGCCCCCCUCACCAGGACAGCUGCUGGCAGCGGCCUCUGCCUGAUCAGCCAGCGGAGUCGCCAGCCCUGGGGCCUAGUCUCGGGGGGCUUCUGGGAGUUAUGGGUGGUCUUUCUGCACCCCCCUCCUGCUCUCCUGCAGAGCUGGGGAGGGGUCUGGGGAUGUGCCCUGAUGAUAAAGAUUACAAUAGUAAUUGACCUUUAUUUAUUGCCCCCAAGAUAUCUGUGUCCUAAUCCCCAGAACCUGUGAAUGUCACCAAGGGGACUGUGCAGAUGUGUCCGAGUGACGGGGAGACCGUUCUGGAUGAUCCACAUGGACCCGGAAUAGAAUCACCAGGGUCCUCGGAGGAAGGAGGCGGGGAGGUCAGAAGAGGAGAAGGCAGGGCUGGGGGUGCCGGGGCCUCCCGCAGCUGGCAGAGGCUUCUCCCCGGGGCCUCCAGAGGGAACCAGAAAGGAGCACCUUGACCUGAGCCCCAUGAAACUGAUUUUGUACUUCUGGCCUCCAGAACUGCAGGACAAUAAAUGUGUGUCGUUUGUCGUAA